AAACAAUCCCCCCAAGCCCAGCUUCUCCGACUCCAGGUGCAGCACGAUCGGCCACGGGCCCGAAUUUCCCCUUCACCAACUACCGGCAAACACAAGAAGAAUGCCUUACGAAUAACCACAACUCCACACAACCACAGAUCGACUGACGCAAACCUUCCUUACCUCACCUCGCUUCGAGCGCAAACCUGCAUCUCCCUCUUUCGCUGUCUUGUCUUGGCUUCCUUGCCUCCUACAGCAUCCGUCCUACGUUUACGGAUACAUCACCGCCCAACCCCAACCCUCCGUGGCACAGCACGACGUGCCAAUUAUCGACAGCGUGACAUUGUCCGGUUCAGCGUCGUCAUUCCUCACGAACCGACGACCCCAUGCGAUAGAUAGCGAUACCCGAUACACACAAACGCGCCGUAAAGCCGUGGCCACAUUUCACGACUUUGCAUCUAGGAGCACCUUCACAUCUGAUUGUUCGACACGAGCGAGUUCCGAUUUCCACCUGUCUCCGGCGCCGCCGGCAGCGAGCAGCGAACCCACCGAAGAGGGUUUGGCUCUGUCGUGUUUGGCGAGCAGCCGUCUACGUUCACACGUUUCAAGCCCAUGAUCUGCGGUCUUUUCCCGCCGACGCCCUCCUAAUUUUUAUCUCACGCGUUAUCAUCAACACCACGCUGCCCAGAGCUCGAACAACAUGGGUUUCUUGGGAGUCUACAAGGCCGUGUAUGAUUACGUGCCUCAGGCCGCAGGCGAGCUCACUAUCAAAGACGGCGAUGUCCUCUAUGUCACUGAGAAGAAUGCCGAAGACGACUGGUGGAAAGCCAAAAAGAAGGCCAGUGCCGAUGACGAAGAAGAACCAGAGGGACUUGUCCCCAAUAAUUACGUUGAAGAGGCACAACCCGUCGCCAGGGCACGCGCCUUAUUCGAAUAUACCCGACAGACUGAUGAGGAGCUUUCCUUCCCCGAGGAUGCUGUACUCGACGUUUACGACACGUCGGACCCCGACUGGAUUUUGGUUGGCCUGGAUGGCGAUUUUGGAUUCGUUCCAGCCAACUACAUUGAACUGGGCGAGGUCGAAGAGCCAGUGGCUUUGCCCUCACCCCCUCCAGCGCUGCCGUCACGUUCUAUUUCCGCCGCUACCGACACAGAGACUUACUCCGAGAGGUCUGAGUCCACUUACGCACCCAGCAGCUCCCAAGCCAAUAACCCCGCGGCAGCUCUGGCAGGCGUAAUGGCUGGCCGUUCUGCCCCUCCUCCCCGUGCCGCCACCCCUCCCAUGAUGCCGCAGUCUCCGGCUUCGGAACCAUCAGACGACGAGACGAUUAAAAGCCCUGCUCUUCCCGCUAGACCUAUUUCCCCGGCUGCACCUGCGCGUAUUCAGUCCCAGAGGUCGAUGGAUACUCAUCUGUACGACAACUCCCCAGAAAUCAUCGAAGAACCACCCUACCGCGCUCCCGGCGGGUUUCAUAUGUACAACAUCAACGAGAUGGUGUCUGUAAUGGGCAAGCGCAAAAAGAUGCCUACUACCCUCGGCAUUAACUUGGCGACAGGAAACAUCUUGAUUGCCCCAGAACGUGCGUCGGACGGUCCGUCUCAGGAGUGGACAGCGGAAAAAAUGACCCACUACUCCCGAGAGGGGAAACACGUUUUUCUGGAACUUGUGAGGCCGAGCAAGAGUGUUGACUUCCAUGCGGGCGCCAAGGAUACAGCCGAAGAGAUCGUGGGCGCCCUGGGCGAACUGGCUGGGGCCGUCAAAGCUGAAGGGCUACGCGAGGUCAUCCUGGCCGGUUCCGGAAAGACCCAGAAGAAGGGUCAAGUGCUUUAUGACUUCAUGGCCCAGGGUGACGACGAGGUGACCGUUGCCGUUGGCGACGAUGUCAUCAUUAUUGACGACUCCAAGAGUGAGGAAUGGUGGCAAGUCCGACGUGUCAAGAAUGGAAAGGAGGGCGUUGUCCCAAGCAGCUACAUCGAGGUCACAGGCUCCAUCACUCCGCCCUCCGGCACCACCGGCCUGAACGCGGCGAGGUCAACUGUCGAACAGAACCGACUGGAAGAGAUCAGAUUGACGAAAGAGGCUGUCAAGGCCGCUCAAAGAGACAGCUCACAGCAGCGGAGCAAACGAGAAAACGGACGUGGCGAAGGCGGCAGCCGUUCUGGCAAAUCCAAGCCGGAUCCUGCCAAAGUACGCACUUGGACAGACCGUUCAAAAUCCUUCAGUGUCGAUGCACAGUUCUUGGGACUUAAGGACGGCAAGAUUAACCUGCACAAGAUGAACGGUGUCAAGAUUGCAGUCCCCGUCGCCAAGAUGUCGGUCGAGGAUCUUGAGUAUGUCGAACGGGUCACGGGUAUCUCAUUGGAUGAGGACAAGCCACUAUCAAACGUUAAGAAGGCGAGGGCCUCCCAGGCCAAUACAGCCAGGGACUCGCCUUCUGCUGGACUUGGCGCCUCCGUCGGACAACCUCAGAAGCCCGAGUACGACUGGUUUCAGUUCUUCCUUUCUUGCGACGUUGCGGUGGGGUUGUGCGAACGAUAUGCCCAGGCCUUCGCUAAGGAUUCUAUGGACGAAAGCGUUCUCCCGGACGUCGACGCCUCGGUUCUUCGUAACUUGGGCCUUCGCGAGGGAGAUGUUCUCAAGGUUAUGCGAACACUGGAUCAGAAGUUCAGUCGCACAAAGAGCAGUGCCGACAAAAUCAAUGGUGAAGGUGAUGGCGCAUCUGGAGGUCUCUUCUCCGGCCCCGGCGGUGCCCUGCGGAACAACACCAGGAAGGGGAGGCCGGCCCCAGCGGUCCAGACGAGUGAUGUCGUUGACCCCAAGGCAUUUGCCGCGAAGGGCACCGGCCCCAGCGAAGACGCCAAUUCCAAGUCGCCUGCCUCCACUUCGGCAACUCCUGCGACGUCCACAGCAACUGGUGGCUUCGACGACGAUGCAUGGGACGUAAAGCCAUCAAAACAUCCACAGGAGCCGCCACGCCCUGCACCUUCAUCUGCAUCCGUAACUGCCCAAUCAACGGAACAGCCAGCCCCGGCCGCCCAAGUGCCGGCCCUCACUGGGUCUAUGCAGGAUCUGUCGCUGUUGACAAAGCCUUUGGAACCGCAACGGACAGCUCAGCCCACGGUCCUAAGCUCGGCUGUUAGCCAGCCGCCGUUGCAAGCUUCCCAGCCCGCGGGAGCCACACCGUCAUUCUUUGAUACCAUCCGACCGAACCCGACUGGCAUGCAGACACCACAGCAAACUAUGCAAAGGCAACGGCCGGCUCCGCCUCUUGCCACCACGAGUCCUGGCUCUCUGAUGCCUCCUCCGCCCGCCAGACCCUUGUCGGCGCCUCAGUCGGCCCAGCCGAGCGCUUUUGCGCCCCCACCCUUAAUGCCUCAGAUGACUGGCGUCUCCUCUCAAGCAUUCCAGACGCAGGUCGCACCACCAGGGCAGAGCCUCAACGACAUCAGUCAGGCGCGGUUGCAGCAACAGUAUACUUUGCAGCAACAUCAGAUCCCUCAGCAGCAGAUGAAUCCCUACCCUAUCCCUCAGCAGCAACCUGUUCCGGGGGUCAUGGGCUUCAACCCCGGCAUGCAGCAGACUGGUGGGCAGUUCAUGCAGCAAAUGCAGCCAAUGAUAACGGGUGCGCCUACACAAAGCCCUUUCGCUGAUCCCCAGCGACAAAACCAAUUCUCUCCGAUGGAAUCACAGCCUACGGGCUUCCCGGGACAAUUUGGUGCGAUGCAGGGCUUCAACCAACAACCAACUGGCAACAUCAACUCUUACUUGCCUCCCGCGAUGGAGCCGCAAAGAACUGGCAUGCCGGGGUUCCAGCCUCAGCAAACUGGUAUGAGUGGCUUUACCAACAUGGCCAGCGCUGGCUCUAUGCAGCCUUCAACCCAGCCCCUGAUGCCGCAGCAGACAGGCCCUCCUCCGCCGGUCCGGUUCGGUGUCACGGGAGAUGCAAAGAAGUUGAUGCCGCAGGCAACGGGGCGGCGGGCCAAUCUCUCCCAAGCAACUCCCAACAACCCUUUCGGUUUCUAGUCGUGAAUGUUUCCACGUACAGAUGGCGCGUAUGUCACAGAUCGAAGCGAGCGAAUACAUCGGCUGUGUUUUUCUACUUUCCUGGACACACUACUGUAUGACUUAGGUGUACUGUAGACAUCCUCGCUGCCAUCGCAACAGUCUAAACGCAUUAGAUGUACUUAAUACUAUUCAGCAAGAACGUUAAUAGAUCUUUGAUGGACGUACGGUCAUCAGUAACCUACUUAACCCACGACCUGAUGCAGUAUAUACCAGUCUAUCGUGUGCCCCUUUUCUUCCUUCC